AUGAUUGACCUUGUGCCAGUUUGGUUGUUUGUUUCGUUUGAAUUGGCUUUUAGUGGUAUUCUCAGCUGAUAUGAAAAUCGUAUCACUUAAAUGAAAUUAUCUUAUUAAGUCAUAAAAAUACUAAUCCGAGUAUAUGUGUAAUACUAUGUGUCAUCUUCUACUGUUCUAAAGCAUAGUAAAAACAACAUUGCAGCUGGUUAAUAAAGACUCAUUUGUAUACAGAUUUUAUAUAAAGCUAUAAUUCUAAAUUAAAUAAUCAAAUUAUUUUUAACAAUGGAUUCAAUGCUUAAAAUAAAGCAGUUUUUUGGAAAAGCAAUACAGAGAUUUAAGAACUUUUUACAACGUCUAUAUAAAUGCAACUGUUUGAAGUUUCUUUGGUCUUGUGCAAUAAGUAACAAUAUGGUUGAGCGUGGUCCGUCUACGGAGAACCAGGACUCUCAGCAAGUAAGAGUCUUGACUCUAAAUAAAGGAGAACAUCUUGAUGGAAUUUUAUACAAACUUAAAAAAGGAUGGAAAGUUGAAUUUAAACUUGGAGCUUCUCUUCUUGGAAAGACGCUUGAUGUUUUUACUAAUCAUCCAUUAUCAAAUGAUCAGAAAUUUGAAAGGCACACAUAUUAUCAAUUACCUUGGAUAAAUGAUUCUGCUAAUUUACUUUUAACUUUACCUGGUUCCUUUCAUUAUUACGUUAUGGAUUCUGGUUCUGAAUCAAAAAUAAAAGCCACUGCUUCUGGAUAUUUAAUGGUGGAUCCUGAAUUAAAAGUAGGAGAACGCGGAGAAUCAUUACCGUUAGACUGUAUUCAAUGUCAAACUGUGUUAGCAAAAAGUUUAGGACCUUUUUCCACUUGGGAAAAUAAAUUACUGGUAACCCAUAAGUCUGGAUACAAUGUUAUACAUUUUACUCCUAUUCAGGAACUAGGAUUUUCUAAAUCAUCCUACAGUUUAAGUGACCAAUUAAAAUUGAAUCCACUCUUUAAUGAUGGAGAUAAAGCAAUUACUUUCGACGAUGUUGAUGAAUUUAUAAAUAAAAUUCGUAAUGAAUGGAAAAUGUUGAGUAUAUGUGAUAUUGUUUUAAACCAUACAGCAAAUGAAAGUCCUUUCUUAGUCUCUCACCCAGAAUGCACAUACAACUGUUUGAAUAGUCCUCAUUUACGUCCUGCAUACAUUUUAGACGCUGCUUUAUUUGAAUUAACAAUUCAGGUUGCUUCUGGAGAGUGGGAAUUUAAAGGUAUCCCUAGCGUAGUUGAAACUGAAGACCAUUUAAAUUCUAUUCGUCAUGCUCUGCAUACAUAUUUCUUACCACUUGUAAAAAUUCAUGAAUUGUAUAUAUUGGAUAUUAAUGAGACAAUAGCAGAAUUUUUAAAUUUAGCACGAACUCAAAUCCCUCAAGAUGUUAAUGAAUUACCAACAAAAGACAUUUCAAUAAUAAGAGAUCCCAAAUAUCGUAGAUUAAAAGCAACUAUAGACAUGCCACUUGCUCUUCAAAAAUAUAAUACAUAUAGGGCUGAUUGUUUUGAUGAGGAAACUCGUCUGAAACGUUGUGCAGAAGAUCUUAGAAAAAAAUUACAAGAACUUAAUGAUAUAAUUAUAAAUGAAGUUCAAAAUCAUUUGAAUGCGGCUGUUGAAAAUACAAUUUCAGGCAUACGAUAUUUUAGAGUGCAAGCAGAUGGACCCAGACUUAAGGAAAUCAGUGAAAGAAAUCCGCUUGUACCUCGAUAUUUUACUGAUUAUGGAGCUCCUAAAUCAUUAGUUGAGAGAGAAGCAACAAUGUUUUCAGAAGCUGGUUGUUAUCUGAUGGUUCAUAAUGGAUGGGUCAUGAAUGGUGAUCCUUUAAAAAAUUUUGCUGAUCCUGAUUCUAAUGUUUAUAUUCGAAGAGAACUUAUUGCAUGGGGUGAUAGUGUGAAAUUAAGAUAUGGUGAAAAACCAGAAGAUUGUCCUUUUCUGUGGGAUUAUAUGACAAAAUAUGUUGAGCAAACUGCCAAGAUUUUUGAUGGUAUACGUCUUGAUAAUUGCCAUUCUACACCUAUUCCUGUUGCUGAGUACAUGUUAGACGCUGCUCGCCAGAUUCGUCCUGAUUUGUAUGUAGUGGCGGAACUAUUUACAAAUUCUGAUCAAAAAGAUAACAUUUUUGUUAAUCGUCUUGGUAUUACAUCUUUAAUUAGAGAGGCAAUGUCUGCAUGGGACAGUCAUGAGGAAGGACGAUUAGUUUAUCGAUAUGGAGGAGAACCCGUUGGGGCUUUCUUGCCAUCACGUAAACGACCUUUAGUACCAUCUAUAGCUCAUGCUCUCUUCUUGGAUCAAACUCAUGAUAAUCCCAGUCCAAUAGAAAAACGUAGUGUUUUUGAUUUACUUCCAAGUGCUGCACUUGUAUCAAUGGCAUGUUGUGGUAGUGGAAGCAGUCGAGGAUAUGAUGAAUUAGUACCACAUCAUAUUCAUGUUGUUGAUGAAACAAGACAAUAUGCAUCAUGGACAGAUGAUGAUAAUUUGGCAGAUGGUAUUAAAUUUGUAAAUUACGGAAACGGUAUAAUUGUAGCUAAAAAGGCAUUGAACGAACUACAUUAUAUUCUUGGCAAAGACAAAUUUUACCAAGUAUUUGUUGAUCAAAUGGAUUCUGAUGUAGUUGCAGUAACAAGACACUCACCCUCUACUCAUGACAGUGUUGUUUUAGUUGCUUUUACAGCAUUCAAACAUCCUGAUCCUAAUGCUAAUGAUUUAAGAAGAUAUAUAAAGCCAUUAAGAGUGGAAGGUGUUGUAGAAGAAAUCAUUUUGGAAGCAUCAUUAUCACACAAUGGAACAAAAAAUGGUACAUCUCCGUUUCUUUAUCCACAAAACUUUGUAAAGGAUGAAAACAUCAUAAAUGGAAUGUCUGAGUAUGUUAUUAAUUUAAAAGAGCAUAUUCAAAUUUGUGACUCAACUAUGUUAGAGAAAGUUGAUUCAGGAGAUCCUAAAAUAACACAGCUUAACUUUAUUAAUUUUAUACCUGGUUCUGUCAUCGCUAUUCGGGUAUCUCUUCAUGCUAAUAUAAAACCUGCUUUAGCCAAACUUCAGAACACUAUUUCUUUAAUUACAUCAAACAAAAGCUCAGAAUUGCGAGUUAUUGUAUCUCGUAUGGAUCUUGUAGAUUUGAAUAAGGCUCUCUAUAGAUGUGAUCAAGAAGAACGCGAUGAAACUUCAAAUAAGUUUGGAGUAUAUGAUAUACCUGGUUAUGGACCUUUAGUAUAUGCAGGAUUACAAGGUGUUAUGUCUGUGUUAGCAGACAUUCGGCCAAAUAAUGAUCUUGGCCAUCCUUUAUGUGCUAAUUUAAGACAGGGAAAUUGGUUAAUAGAUUAUAUUUGGCAACGGCUUAAGGAAGAUCAUGGUACUAAAGUUCUUGGAGAUUGGUUGGAGGAAGUAGUUGAACCAUUCAAAUUAAUUCCACGUUAUUUAGUACCAAGCUACUUUGAUGUGAUUGUUACUAAUGUUUAUAUGACUUUGCUGGAACAAUGCUAUGCUUUAAUGUCAAGUUUCGUGAAGAACGGUUCUACUUUUAUUAAAAUACUAUCUUUAGUCUCAGUACAAAUGGGAGGUGUAGUAAAAUCAGCACAAUUACCAGACUUAUCUCCAAAUUUAGAUUCUCCUAAGCCAAAAGUUAUACAAUAUAACGGAGAAACAGAACAAAUAUGUUUAACAUUAUCGGCAGGUCUACCACACUUUGUGGUAGGAUACAUGAGAAAUUGGGGUAGAGAUACAUUUAUUGCUUUAAGAGGUUUACUCCUUUUAACAGGUAGAUACCAAGAAGCAAGAUUCAUAAUUCUAGGAUUUGCUGGUACUUUACGACAUGGUUUGAUACCAAAUCUUUUAGAUAAAGGAAAAAAUGCAAGGUAUAAUUGUCGCGAUGCCUUGUGGUGGUGGUUGUAUACUAUUCAAUGCUAUAUUCAAGAAGUUCCUAAUGGUUUAAAGAUCCUAUCAGAUAAAGUUUCAAGACUCUUUCCCAGUGAUGAUUCUCCUGCAUUGCCUGCAGGACAAGUUGACCAACCUUUAUAUGAUGUUAUACAAGAAGCACUCAUGGUACAUUUUCAAGGACUUUGCUUCAGAGAAAGAAAUGCCGGAAAACAAAUUGAUGAACAUAUGACUGAUAGAGGAUUUAAUAAUCAAAUUGGUGUACAUCCAGAAACUGGUUUUGUUUUUGGAGGUAAUGAUGCUAAUUGUGGAACAUGGAUGGAUAAAAUGGGAUCGUCUGAAAAAGCUGGUAACAAAGGAAAACCUGCUACACCAAGGGAUGGCUCCGCUAUAGAAAUAAUUGGUCUUAGUAAAAGUAUUUUGAGUUUUCUAGCUGAAUUAUAUAAACAGAAUCUGUUCCCUUAUGGUAGUGUUCAAAGGAAAAAUCGUGAUGGAACUGUAAUAACCUGGAGUUAUAAGCAAUGGGCAGAUAAAAUAUCAGCAAAUUUUGAAAAAUAUUUUUAUAUAAACGAAGUGUCCACAGAAGGUGAGUUAAAACCUGAAUUAAUUCACCGUCGUGGCAUAUUUAAAGAUAGUCAUGGGGCCACUCAAGAAUGGGCCGAUUAUCAAUUACGUCCUAAUUUUCCAAUUGCUAUGAUAGUUGCUCCAGAAUUGUUUAAUCCACAUCAUGCAUGGACAGCAUUGAAGAAAGCAGAAGAUAUUUUGUUAGGACCAUUAGGAAUGAAAACAUUAGAUCCUGCAGAUUGGGCAUAUAAUGGUUAUUACGAUAAUUCAAAUGAUUCUAAUGAUACUAAACUUGCACAUGGAUGGAAUUAUCAUCAAGGACCAGAAUGGAUUUGGCCAAUGGGUUAUUUUCUGAGAGCUCGUUUAUAUUUUGCCCCGUUAGUUGGGGACAUAGAUGAACUGCGUCGCACAAUUGAAUCAACUGAAAUUAUUAUUUCACGACAUUUUGUCGAGGCAUCUACUAGUCAUUGGCGUGGUCUUCCUGAACUUACUAAUAAAGAUGGAGAAUAUUGCAGAGAUAGUUGUCGAACACAAGCAUGGAGCGCUUCUUCUAUACUAGAGGUUCUCCAUGAUUUAGAUAAAAUCAAACAAAAAUUACAAUCUGAAAAUCAAGAUUCAAUAAAUUGAUACAAUUUUGCGUGUGUUCACCACCGCCGACUACACUUAGAAUGUUUAAACUUAGAAAAAAGAAGUAGUAUUAGAAAAAAAACCGAUCACGAAAAAUUAUGUACUUUUGAGAAGGUAAUAGUAACACAAUGCACGGAGACACACGCAUAUGAUAAACAGCACGUUAAUUUAACUAACACACUGCCGAGUAGCACUAUAAUAACUUUCCCUGCAGUUGAUGAAAUUUUUUCGUCAGAAUCUAAAAACAUAACAAUAGAAGAUGAUACAGAAAAUAAUGACGAAUCAAAAGUAAGAAAACAAUAUUAUAAUUCUGAUUCUAAGAAUGAUUUGGAGACUAUUGAAACUUCAUUUGAUGCAACAGAAAUAUCUAAAUCUCGCAAAGUAGAUGUUACUCAUAAGACUGCAAAAUUCAUUCGAGAAAAUGAAAUACUUGCAAAUUAUUCUAAAAAAUAUUUCAAUAAAAAUAAGGAGACAAUAGUAGAUAAAACUGAUAUAAAACCUUCAUCUCCAAGUGAUCAUGUUUACGAGGAAGUUGGAAGAAUUAAAGAGUCUCAAUACUGGCCUGAAUUUGAUAUUUUAGAUUAUUAUGAAAAAUAUAGUCCUACAACGGCAAAGACUUUAAUAAAUACUCUUCUUUUACCAAGACAAAGAAUAUGUAAACAAUGUGCCAGUUUAAAAUAUAGUCCAGUAUAUAGUGAUCGAUACUUUUACAAGAAAAAAUCCUUAUAUGCUAAAGAAGUUAUUUUACAUCAUCUUAACGAUAUAUAUUAUUUUAAAUAUUCUUCGGGUGAAACGAAACGUGAUAAAUUAUUUUCUGAAGACAAUAAUAAUAUUCAAGACUGUAUGCCGUUUUAUAAUUAUUCUAAAACUACUAAAUCAGGGAUAUUUUACUUAUGUGGACCACCAAAAGAAAUAUUUGAUCUUAAAACAACGUUGGAUUCUGAGAUUAUUAUAAUAUCCAGUACUGUUAAUUUAGUCAAUGAUGUAGUGAAUACACAACUAUAUCAUCGUUAUAUAAAUGAUAGAUAUACACGAAUAUCCAAGAACGGAUAUAUACCUAUGACUUUUGAAGUUAAUCAUGACAAUAUUCUCAGCACCAUAAAAAACAUAGGCUAUGAUACAGAUUUACAAAAUUGGAUGAAUUACCGUAACAAUUUUUUGCAAUCAUGUACUUCAAAACAAGAUGAAUUAGUAUUGACUGAGCACCAUCCAAAUAGAUCAAGCCUAUUACUAUUAGAACCGUUAUUACUAAUGCCAGAUUUGGCAAAUCCUAGGCAAAGGCAAAAUAAAAAUCGUAUUUCACAUACAGAAAAUAUAAAAAUAAUCAAAAUAAUUAUUGCUUAUACUUUAUCAUUUUUUAUAUUAGCUAUGAUUACGUUCUAUAUAGUAUAUUUCACGUAGAUUUUAAAUAUUUCUUGCAAUAAUA